GAAAAAAUUGAAGCAAUUAAUCAAGCCAUAGUUAAUGAAUACGAAGUCCGAAGAAAGCUGUUAGUGAAACGUUUGGAUGUUACUGUGCAGUCCUUCGGCUGGUCGGAUAGAGCUAAGAGUCAAACAGAAAAACUGGCUAAAGUCUACCAGCCAAAACGUGCCCUCUUAUCUACUAAGUGCACUAUUUCUGUGGCAAAUCUCCUGGCAGCUCGGCAGGAUCUGUCAAAAAUUAUGAGAACAAGCAGUGGAUCCAUCCGAGAGAAGACUGCAUGUGCCAUUAAUAAGGUGCUGAUGGGCAGAGUGCCUGACAGGGGAGGGAGGCCCAAUGAAAUCGAACCGCCGCCUCCCGAGAUGCCGCCGUGGCAGAAGAGACCAGAGGCUGGUCCGCAGCAAGGCGGCGGCAGAGGAGGAAGAGGUGGCUACGAAUCCUCGUACGGAGGGCGAGGGGGUUAUGACCAUGGAGGUCACGACCGAGGAGGAAGAGGAGGCUACGACUCGUCGUACGGAGGGCGAGGAGGUCAUGAACAAGGAAGCCAUGAUCGAGGGGGACGAGGAGGACGUGGUGGUUACGAUCAUGGCGGCAGAGGAGGUGGAAGAGGGAACAAGCUUCAAGGAGGUUGGACAGAUGGUGGAGGUGGUGGCUACCAGGAUGGCAGCUACAGGGAGAGCAACUACAGAGAUGCAGGUUUUCAAACGGGUGGCUACCACGGCGGUGGUGGUGGCAGCGGUGGCUACCAAGGAGGAGGCUAUGGUGGCUACCAGUCAUCUUCAUAUUCAGGAAGUGGCUACCAAGGGGGGGGUGGCGGGGGCUACCAGCAGGACAACAGAUAUCAAGAUGGUGGGUCCCACAGCGACCGAGGGGGUGGGCGCGGCGGAGGGAGGGGUGGCCGUGGUGGUCGUGGCGGCCGUGGAGGUCAAGGAGGAGGCUGGGGGGGCAGAGGGGGACAGAACUUUAACCAAGGGGGGCAGUUUGAGCAGCACUUCCAGCACGGAGGUUAUCAGUAUAAUCAGUCGGGCUUUGGACAGGGAAGACACUUCACGAGCUGAGGCCGCUAAAAACUUUUGCUUCAGCAGAGCUCACGUCACAGACCCCUGGUUUCAGAGGCCUGGCUUAAUCGCUGCUUGAGUCAGUACCGGUUUGUGUGUGGCAGGUAGAACCUCUGUGGGUGGGAGGCUUUGCGUUGAGCAAAGUACGACUUUCUGUGGACC